AUGAAGAUCUCACAGGUUAUCCCUCUCUCAUCCUCUGUCAUCAGUAUUUUCCUGAACCUCGAUAAAGACGUCUUCAAAAAGCAGCAGCAGAUCCCUGAUCAGAAGAUCGUGAGGACGCCGUACGGAGGACGUGUAGUGGUCAACAUGCCUCAUGGAAACAGCCUGAUGAUUCACUUCAAAGACAAGCAACUCAUCCGACACAAGAAGAGAUGGUCUCAGGUCAUGUACUUGUACUAUCUCCUGGGCUGGAAAAUUACAACCAAUUUAAAUGUAAAACAGAGAAAACUGUGCGUAUUCCCCCAGAAAGAGAAGCACAACACCUACCUCCUGGCUUUAGAUGGAGACACAGACUUCCAGCCGGCUGCUGUGAUGUUGCUCAUCGAUCGUCUGAAACUGUAUCCGCUUGUCGGGGCAGCAUGUGGCAGGAUUCACCCCACUGGAUCAGGUCCCAUGGUGUGGUACCAGAAGUUUGAAUACGCGGUGGGCCACUGGCUUCACAAGACAGCAGAGCAUGUGUUUGGCUGCGUGCUGUGCAGCCCGGGCUGCUUCAGUCUGUUCAGAGCAGCAGCGCUGAUGGAUGACAAUGUGAUGAAAAGAUACACCGUCAAGGCCACAAAGGCUAAACACCACAUCCAGUACGACCAAGGUGAGGACCGCUGGCUGUGCACUCUUCUGCUGAAGCAGGGAUGGAGAGUGGAGUACAACGCAGCCUCUGAUGCCUACACCAACGCCCCGGAGGAGUUCAAAGAGUUCUACAACCAGCGUCGGCGAUGGGGACCGUCCACCAUGGCCAACACUGUGGACUUGCUCGGCUCUGGCACCAUUGUUACCAAGAGGAACCCCUCAAUGUCCAAACCCUACAUGUUCUACCAGCUCUUCAGCUUGGUCUCGUCCAUUCUGGCACCUUCCACCGUCAUCCUUAUGAUUGCAGGUAGCUUGACAGUGUUGCUUGACAUUCACCCCAACAUCGCUCUGGUCCUGUCUUUGAUACCUCCGGCUAUCUUCCUCGGUAUCAGCUUCAGGAUCAAAUCAGACACUCAGAUCCUAAUUGCAGCAGUCUUGAGCAUCCUGUACGCCUUCCUCAUGAUGAUAGCAGCACUUUCCAUAAUUGGCAACAUGGUGAAAGACAAAACCAUCAUGACUCCCAGCAGCCUCUUCCUCAUCACCCUUGCCGCCUUUUACCUCCUUACUGCACUCAUGCAUCCUCAGGAGGUUGGCCUGGUGUGCUUCGGCUUGCUGUACAUCCUCUGCAUCCCCAGCGCCUAUAUGCUGCUGGCUAUUUACUCCAUGACCAACAUGAACAACGUGUCCUGGGGCACCAGGGAGACAGCGCCUGCUCCUGCAGCUCCUGGAGCUCCUGGAGCCGCCGCCCCACAACCCCAAGUCCAGAAAGCCAAAACCACAUUUGCACAGUUCUUCACACGGUCCAAAUGCUGUAGACAACUCUGUCGGAGAGGAAGCGAAGAAGAGCUCAGCAGCGUGGUGGCACCAGAGCCUCAACUUCAACCCCAAAACACUAUUGUGGAGGAUGUGAGGAGUCCUGCGCAGGAGCAGAGGCAAAUGGUGCCUGCUUUCACCUGCCCUAACCAGUGUUGGGUCACACAACUGCAGAGUUUGUCUGAUGACAUGCGCCUGCAGGAGGAUUCCCUCGACCAGGAGGAGGAGCAGUUCUUCAGAGAGAUGACCACCAAGUACCUGGAGCCUCUGCCUGAGAACAAAAAGAAGCAGAAAAAAAUGGCAGAGGAACUCAAGGAUUUGAGAAACAAGAUCACCUUCGUCUACUUUAUUUGCAACGCCUUCUGGCUCGUAGCGACCUUCGCCCUGCAGCUCUUAGGGACGUCCAUCUUCAUCCAGGUGCCGAAGGUGGACAUCAACCUGCAGUUCACUGGAGAGUACAUGUACAUCGACCCUCUGGGCUUCAUGUUCAUCCUGGCCUUUGCCUUGCUGGUUCUCAUCCAGUUCAUAGCCAUGGUGUACCACAGAAUAUACACCCUGAUCCAUUUCGUGGCCUUUCUGGAUACAGAGUCCAUAUCUGAAAAACAAAAACAACAAGAGUCACAGGUCACAGAUGAUGAAGUGGAUGACAGUGACGAAAUCAUGUUUCCAGGUCUGCUCAAAAGAAGUCACAACCAUGGAACUCUGGUGUGA